GAACCCUACACCUGAGAGAAAAAAAUGGAGAGGGAGCAGCCAUGAGAACAACCCCAUGAGAGAUCAUCUUUUUCUUGAACACAAGACCUAAAAAAUCGAGACCCUAAGGAUUGAGCUCUCUUCUUCUACACAACAACAGACCCUAGCCUUAUCUUCAUCGGAAACCCUAGUGCCUGAUCACUCCAUAGCCAGCGUCCACCCCUUCUUCUUUCACCCUACACACGAACAAAAACCAGACGACCACCCAAGCUUCAGCGCCCAUCAAGACUAAAAAACAAAGGAUCUGUUUCUUCCCCAAUACCAAGGACCAACCUAACAGACCCUUGACUUCAAAAACACCAAACGAGCCGCUUCUUCAUCUUCCAUAUUCACAACACCCAAACCUAAGACCUCGAUUUUUUGGGAAGGAGCCGUUCUCUUUCAUGGACACAAGACCAAAACCCUAGGGGAACCUUCUUCUUCUUAUGAACAUCAGCGAUAGAACUCGAUGACCCCUCUCAGCGGCUAACUCCAAAACGAACUCCAUCAACGACCAUCUUCGAAAAUAAAAAAAAACAAAACACAAACACUUUAGCUUCUUUCUCCGUGAUUCUGGCUCCCAAUUAUGGAGUUUGAUUGAGAGAAGUUUUUUUGAGAGCUGAGGUUGCCGUUCGAGAUGUCAAUUUUGAAUUCACGAUUUCUGCCCGUCUCUCAUCGUUGUCCUCUCAGUUGAAUCUGUGGAGCCAAACUUUCUGUAUUUGCCCGUUUUUAAUAUAUUAAAAGAACUCCAACAGGAUGGAAACAAUAUGCAUUAUAGUUGCUUUUAAUGGUAGAUGGACUGAAGACUAUAAGUAUCUUGAUCAUCAAACAAAGCUUGUUCUAGUACCUGAGGCAAUUCGAUUUGAAGAUUUCAUUAAAUAGAUCUUUGAAGUUAUUGAAUUGGAUAGAGACAAGAUUUAAGCAAUGAUAUGGUUUGAUAUCAACCUUGGAACAAGCAAGGGAAUUCUUGUAUCCAAAUAUUUAGAUCUUCACACAUGUAUAGUGUUACUAAAAAGUCAUUCACUCUUCAAAGGCUGUUGUUUCAUUAUUGAUAUUUCGGAAAGAAUUUUUGGAUCAACCAGCACCUUUGAACAUGUCAAUAGAGAAACUCAACAUGACAAUCAAAACAAAUUCCAACAGAUAAUGGAAAUAGAUAUGGUUGAAGCUCAACCAAUAACUGAAGAGGUGCUUCAAACAUUUGAUUCUAUUCAAGUAGAAGGACAAAGCAUUAUAGAGAUUGACAACGAACAAGCUUUGGGUAUUCAAGUCUUAGAGAGUGCACCGGUAAUCGAAGAAGUUGUUGAAAAAACCUCUACUCAACUAACUAGACGAAGGUCAAAUUUGAAAAAAAAAAAAAAAGAAUCCCCAACCACGAUAUUAAGAGAAAAUGCUUCGUUGGAUGAAAUAAAAGUGGGAUCAAUAUUUGAUAAAAAGAAGAGUAUAAUUAACUGUUUUUCAAAUAUAGCAAUUAAAGAACAUUUUGAAUUCAAAGUUGUUAGAUCAAGCUUAACAAGAUAUUCGUUGAAAUGCAAUGAUGGUAGGUGUGGGUGGUGUGUGCGUGCUUUCAGAAUUAAAGAUUCAACACUGUUCAAGAUAGUAAAGAUUGAGAAAAAUCAUGACUGCUCUGUUAACACUAUGAAAGCUAAUCAAAGGCAUGCAACUUCAAAGUUGAUUAGUGGUUACAUUAUUGACAAUCUUCGAGACCCAAGGUUUGAAGGUACACCAGCUUUUGUCAUAGCAGAAAUGCAAAAAUUGCAUGGACUAGACAUUGGUAUCAUAAGGCAUGGCGUGCUAUUCAAUGUGCUUCUGCUUUAAUAAGAGGAACUCCUGAAGAGAAUUAUGAAUUAUUGUCUUCAUACUUGUAUAUGAUGAGAUGUAAAAAUUCAGGAACAUAUACUAACAUAAAGAUAGACGACGACAACAACAAGUAAACAAUCAAAAAAAAUUAUUAGUCUGUUUUAUAAUCUUUAGGACAUGCUGUCUUUGACUAGUUGAAAAGUUAAGGACGUGUUGUUCUUAACUUUCAUGUGUGCACU